AUAUAUAUAUAUAUAUAUAUAUAUAUAUAUAUAUAUAUGUAAACCAUACCCUGACCAGAACCUCUUGAGGCCAAUAGCAUAUCUCCCCCUACAAGUUCUCACCGCCAAAGCCUCUCUGUAGUGCAUUGAAAUGGAAGUAUCUACUUCCAACAUAUUGAAAUGUGAUGAUGAGGAGAAGGCAUUGGAGGUCUUGCUUGAGGCAUUUGGUUCUAAAUUUUCUCUUGAACAAAUAGCAUCUGCUUAUUGCAAGGCAGGCCGAAAUACAGAUUUGACUGUUCAAAUUCUUCAAGAUAAGGAGGGAGGUGCCUCUACCUCUUCAAGUCAUUCAUCCAAUGGAGAGGCUAUGCUGAGUGAAGGAUCUUCUGAGUCAUCCAAUGGUUAUAUUUUGAAGAAAUGUGAUGCAAAUGGAAAGUUCAGAAAUGUAAAGCAAAAAUGGCGUCCAGUUUCUGGAGGCACCGUUUCAAGUGUUCUCGGAAAAAGUUACAUUAGAUCCAUGCCAGUGGGCAAUGGCUCUUGUGCCGCAACCAAACCAUUGAAAUUGGACGCGCAGGAGUUCCCAAUGUCUGAACUUUGGGGAGAAGAACCCAAACAAACCCAAUCAAAGCAUGAUCGUAUGCACGAGGAUAUGGAAGAUUUUUUAUUCAAAAUGCUAGGAGAUGGCUUCCAGCUGGAUAGGGAAAUGAUUCGACAAGCUCUAGAUACAUGUGGGUAUGAUAUGCAAAAGAGCAUGGAGAAACUACUUAAUUUGUCAGCAGUGAUUUUGGACAAAAGGAACAAUUAUGAUGGUAGAUCCACUGGAAAGUUCACAGAUGCACGGUCAAAUAGUGGAGGACCUUCAUGUCAAAAAAAUUUACAGUUUAUGAGUUCCUAUGGAGGCAGUGCAAAUAGAAUUUCAAAUGCAAAUGGGGGAGGAUCACCUGGCCAGGGGAAAGAGAGAAACAACCUCCAGAAGGAAAUUUUGGCCUCACUUUUUAAUGGUGCUGAGAGAUCUGGGGAGUUAUCUGGAAGAAUAACAAAGGCUGAGAGGAGGUCAAUAGUAUAUGGAGAGCCAGUGGUUGAACCUCCUACUGACUUUACCUUAGAGAACAGGACUGAUUUUAUGGACUCUCUGCAAGAUUAUGACAAUGUGUUAUCAGUUGAAGAUGUAGAUGAAGAUGAUAGUUACCAUCUUCUUCGUAAAGCUUGGAAGGAGUAUCGGACCACAAUGAACGAAUUUUACAAAGCUGCUGGUGAUGCGUUUGCCAAGGGAGAUGAUGAGCGAGCAAACAAACUAAUGGACGAGGGAAAUUUUUUCCGUGACAAGGCUUAUGAGGUAGAUGAGGAAUCUACUCAGAAGAUUUUUGGAACCAAAAAUGUUGAGACUCAAGACCAGAUGUUGCUUGAUCUGCAUGAACAUGGUGCAAAAGAUGCAAUACGCUCCUUGAAGAGUAAUUUUCUCUUACUCUCAGGCAUCCCAUCAUUCAAGUACCUCAAAGUCAUCAUUGAGACAAAUGAGGUGGAUGCUACGAAAGGGGCUCGUAGAAGAUUGAUUAUGAAGCUAUUAGAGAAGGAAUCGAUAAACUGGACUGAAGGACCGGAUGUUGGAACAAUACUAAUUCAACUGGAUAAUAUCAACCCUAAGCGCUUGAGUUUCGCCAAAAAAUAGCAUACAACAUGGAAUCAAGCGGGUUUCUUGAGAAGCAGGCAAGCAGCCACCAUUUUUUUUUUUUUUUUUUUUGAGAAUCAUUGUCAUGAUCAUUUGUUGACAAGUUACUAUUUAUCAAAAUGUUGACCGUGUAAACACUAUAAAGAAGCAACGAAGAAUAAAAUUUGAUGCAUUCUUUGAUGUA